AUGUCGGGACUGUCGCUGGCGCAGGCUCGCCUGCGGGAGGAGCGGAAGGCGUGGCGUAAGGACCGCCCGUUUGGCUUCUGGGCGCGCCCACGCGAGGCCUCGCAGUCGUCGGCGUCCGCGCCGUCGACCGCCGCGACGGCGGGCGGCUCGGCCCCCGCGAACACGAGCACCACCGACGCGCCCGCGGGUGCGGGUGCGGGCGGCGGCGGCUUGGACCUCCUCGAGUGGGAGGCGGGGAUUCCUGGCAAGCCCGGCACCCCAUUCGAGGGCGGCGAGUUCCGGCUCCUGCUGCACUUCACGGAGGACUACCCCACGCGGCCGCCCAAGUGCGUCUUCACCCCGGUGCUGUUUCACCCCAACGUGUACCCGAGCGGCACCGUCUGCCUCUCCAUCCUGAACGAGGAGAAGGACUGGCGGCCCAGCAUCACCAUCAAGCAGAUCCUGCUCGCCAUCCAGGAGCUGCUGGACAACCCCAACAUCAAGGACCCGGCGCAGGAGGAGCCGUACAAGGUGUACAUGCGGGACCGAAAGGAGUACGAGGAUCGCGUGCGCCAGGAGGUGGCAAAGCACCACCAGAAGCGCGUGCUUUAA